AUGCGCCUGCCGUCUGCUCUCCAGCUCCUCUCAGCUGGUGCCCUCCUUCACGGCGCCCUCGCGACGCCGACCUCCCAUCCUACGCUCGACGAUGACGACGGCAAGGAGGACGAUACGCCCCUCCCCCUCGUCAUCUGGCACGGUCUCGGCGACACCUUCAACAGCGAGGGCAUGCAGCAGGUCGCCGCCCUCGCCGAGUCCAUCCACCCGGGCACCUUUGUCUACACCAUCUCGCUCGCCGAGCAGGACCCCAACGCCGACCGCAGCGCCACCUUCAUGGGCAACGUGACGGCCCAGCUCGAAUCCGUCUGCGCCGCCCUCGCCGGCCAUCCGAUCCUCUCCACGGCGCCCGCCGUCGAUGCCAUCGGCUUCUCUCAGGGCGGCCAGUUCCUCCGCGGCUACAUCGAGCGCUGCAAUGCGCCCCGCGUCCGUACCCUCGUCACCUUUGGCAGCCAGCACAACGGCAUCGUCGAGUUCAAGACGUGCGGCGACAGGGACUACCUCUGCCGCGGUGCCAUGGCCCUGCUGCGCUUCAACACCUGGAGCAGUUUCGUCCAGAGCCGGCUCGUGCCGGCCCAGUACUACCGCGAUCCGUCGCCCGACAGCUACCACUCGUACCUCGAAAACUCCAACUUCCUCGCCGACAUCAACAACGAGCGCGAGCAAAAGAGCGAAGUGUACAGGAAGAACAUUGCCGGCCUGACCAACUUCGUCAUGUACAUGUUCGAGGACGACACGACCGUCAUUCCCCGCCAGACCGCCUGGUUCCACGAGGUCAACGACACGCGCGUCAUUCCCUUGCGCGAGCGGACCAUGUACAAGGAGGACUGGCUCGGCCUGCGUGCGCUCGACAAGAAGGGCGGCCUCCAUUUCCGCUCCAUCACGGGAGACCACAUGCAGAUUCCGAUGCAGGUGCUCAACGACACCAUGGUCGAGUUCUUUGGGCCCCGCAGGAGCAGGGCCGAGACGCCGUCUGACUUGCUCGUGGACGAGCUGUAA